CCUGUUACCCAAUAAAAUACUAGUACAACUGCUAACAAACAUAAUAAAAUAUGUUAUUCAUGUUAUACCUUAGCCUCUCACUAAUUUUGGAAUCUCCUUGCGUUGUUUGGGUGUCGCUAAGCUUUUGUAACCUACCUUCGAUAUGGAGGUACUGUUUUUAUUUAUUAUUUCAUUUUCUUAUGUUUUUCCAUCAAAUAUACCACCACCCCGAAAGAAACCUCCUGUGUUAGUUCAAAAAUGUUGUAAAAAGGGUGAAAUUUUUAUUGACAAAAAUUGUGCUCUAGUUAAUGAAACUAGUGAAACAGAAUGGGAACCUCAGUUUAUGGAUGAGAAUGGAAGACCUGUUUCGAAUAUUCAUUAUAAAAUUUUAACUGGUAUCCCUUCUUGUGGAAAUCGACAAUCAUGGGAAGUUUACCAUAAAGCUCUUGACAAACUUAGACUCUUACCCGAUGGUAGUUUGAGGCACUACACCAUAACUGCUGAACAAGGUAUUUCAGAUGAAGAAUUAAAUCAAGAAGAAUUUUUGCAUCAUGACUACCGUCUAGGGUUUUACUGCAGUGAAAAGCUCACAUUCAAUGGUGAUACCUUUGAUUAUGCAAUAGUUUGUCCACCUGAUAUUUCAAAGACGUGGAAAGAUACUGACUUCAUUCUUCGCAAAAUACUGGAUCCAGUUUUCCAUAUCAUAGCCAUCUUUUGCUAUGUAACAGUGGCAAUUGUUCAUUUUGUUUUGCCACAGUUACGAGAUAUGGUUGGAAAUAUUAUUACAACAAUGUGUGUUUGCUUGAUUAUUGCUCAGGCUGCAGAUACAUGCAGAAUAUUUACUGAGUUUACCAGUCCAGUUGGCUUUUUGGUUGCAGACAUAAUAAUGUUUAUCAGCUUAAUUGGAGCUUACUUUUGGUUAGCUAGUUUUGGAUUUUAUAUCUGGAAAACAUUUAGGUCUCCAAAUGUAUUUCUAAGGAUUACUGAUGGAAGAAAGUAUUGUUAUUAUUCUUAUUGGGUCUGGUCUGCAACCAUAACGAUGUCCAUAGUGGCAACAUUCUCUCAUUUCACUUUAGAUAUACCUGAUCCUUCUGAAAAACCUGGUACACCUAUUGCUCAAGGAACUGCAUUAGGUUUACUGGGCAUUGCAGUUUUUUUUUCUCCUGUUGCAUGCACUGUAUUAGCAGAUAUUUAUUUUUAUUUGUCAACUCUUCAAGUAAUGAGUACAGUGGAAUCAUAUGGUAGAAUUCAUCAUAAAUUAAAAUACUGCUUUGAAACAUUCAUUAAAAUAUUUUUGAUAAUGGCUGUCAGCUGGCUGUUUCUGAUGUUGUCAUGGCUUCCUUAUUCAGGAAUGUACUACUGCUACAUUUUUAUUAAUGCUUUAGAAGCACCACUUAUACUGUAUAUUAGUGUCUUAAGUCAAAGGAGAGUUAGGUUUCUCUUACGAAAAGUUUGUUGCUUUGAAAAGUGUGUUUGUCCUUGUUUCCGUCCAAAUCAACCCAAUGAUGUGCCUGAGUGGGGAGAAGAAAUGAUGGCAAUGAAUCGAUAAUAAUUGAAAAUAUUUAUUAAUAAAAACAAGAUUCUUGGCAUCCAAGACCAUUUUAAACAAUUGAAGUAUUUUAAUCUCCAAAAGUAAAUUGACUUUCAAUUUAUUUAUUUUUUUAUUCGUUAAAAAGGAAUAACUUAAUUGAUUGAAUGGUGAAAUGCACUGUAGUUGUGUUUGAAACCAAUUCUACAACUGUAAAUAUGAUAUUUAACAUAAAAACAAGUAAAAUGAUUUAUAUCAUUGGAAAUGAGAUAUUAUUAGAAUAUAAAUUAAGUCUGAAAAUGUGAUUUUUCUAUGUCAGUGUAUAUAUAUUUUAUAUGCGUAUUAUAAUUUUUUAAUUAUUGAUAAAGAAAUUACUGCAGAAUCUCUUACUAAGUGAUAUAUAAUUUUCUUCGUAGAUUAUUUUUUAUUAAUAAGAUAAAUAAAUGUUUUGUUUAUUAUUUUAGACAUUCAACUCAUCUAUUUAGUAUGUAUAACUAAUAUUUAACUCUCAAGAGGUCAUUUUAAAUAUUAUAUAUAUUUGUUAGAUAUAAUCUAACACAUUUAUAUACUAAACAUUUCAAAGCUUGUUAUAAAUAGCUGCAUUAUGUGUUAAAGUAUAUUGUAUUUUUGUAUGACUAAAUGAUACAUUAGAGAUAGCACCAACUCUAUUUGUACUUGGUACAUACUAAACUUUAGAUUGGGGACUUUAUAAAAAAUACAAAAACUGAGUUUGAAGCUUAGCAAAGGUUUUUUAUAUUUGUUAGAUUUAAUUUUAUACAUCAAUAAAGUAAAUUUAUUAAAUCAAUUUAAUAAAGCAGACAAUGAUGGCUAAAAUUGUAGACUAUAGAUGCUAUAAAAUUAUAUGAAUCAAAAGUGUCGGGUUUAUUUAUGGCUAGGUUUAUCGUAUCAAACUUAAUUCAGUCAAUUUAAAAUAUAUUUUUUAGGGUGUAUUGCUCAGCCAUUUGUUGAUGUUUUCUCUAGGUGCCAUAAGCUUAUUAUCAUAAAAAUAUAUCCAAUCAGCUGUUCUCAUCCUUACCUGAUUUCAUCGGAUAAUACAUUUUUAAUUAUUAAUUAAUUCUCCGGUUAAUUCAUCCUUCUUCGGUCCGAAUAAUCUACGCAAAAACAUUUUUAAUUAAUGAUCCGUAAUUAUUAUUAUUGUACAAAAGUGUCUCCUUUACAUCAGACAGGUCUAACCCUCUAAGUGGAUUUAUAGAAUCCUGUGAUCAGCUGCAUCAUCCAAUCUAAAACAGAAUUAAAGUAAUCCUCCCACUUUUCGAAGACCUUUCCUUUGUAUAUGAGCAGAUUGUUGUAUGAGAUCAUUCUUGGCCUCAAGGUUUUUUGACUAGCUUACACUUGCUUUUAAAUAUUUUUUAUGAAUUAAUGAACAAAAAUAACAUUUCCUCCAUUGUCCUAUCUAAUUUUAUUACUUUUUAUAUGGCACUAUCCCCUUUGUGAGGACUGAACCUCCUUCCACAUUAAUUACCAGUUACCACUAUUCUUUACUCUCAGUUUCCAGUUCUGGAUCUCAAGGAUGAUGGAGCACACCAUUAUUUUUUUUUGUAAUCUGAUCCUCAGAUAUUUUAUGCUGUCAUGUCUGGUGCAGUAAAAUUUAAAUGGGAUUACUAUAUCAAUAUCCCCAUAAAGCUUCAUCUCAAUAUUAUUCCAAUAUCAUCAGAGUCCAUUUGAACAUGGCAUCCCAAAGAUUCUCUUCAGGAACUGCCUUUUAUAUCUUACCAAGGUCAUUUCGGUUUUUAGUCUUACAUUCUGCAGCAUAUAUGAGCACUGGCCUUAUCAGUGUCUUAUGUAGACCAAUAUUUCUAGUUUCGGAUUAUAUUCUACUCUGAAUUUCCUAGGCUAUGUUAUUUUAGGAAUCAAUCUAAGAUCCUAAUUUCUCCAUCUCUUGAAAACAUACUGCUAAAUAUGUAUGUUGAGUUUUCUUUCAUGAGGGCUGUACUCUUGUUUCGUUUUUUACUAUUCAUACUGCCUCCUUGUAUAACUAUUUUUAUUAUUCUCUUAUCAAUUUCAGCACACAAGAAUAUAUAUAUAGGUUAUACUAAGAGUUGAGGUACAGAUUUUACUAUUCAUCUUGGGUUAAUUUUUUCUAUUCAUUUAAAGUUGCUUAUAAAACUUUAGUACAUGAAAAACAUGCAUGACCUUUGUGGUAAUUUUUUGGCCUCUGGAGAGAUUAUCCGUUAAUUUUGUACAACUUCAUUACUAACCUUUUUUAUUUUCACUGUAUUUAUUUAUUAUUAUGAAAGACAAAUGUUUUCUAAAAUGUAUUUUUUGUAUUUGGAUAUAAUCCAUUUAAAAAAACAAAUAGGCUUUAUAUUUAAUGAACAUG